GAACAGCAGAACAAACUCCUAACAGGAGGAGACUCACUCAUGGCCUAUGAGACAGAGGAUCAUGAGACUCAAUACUGCUUUCCUGCCAUCAACUCUUCAUGUAUCAAGGAAAAACGCUCCAGACAUGAAUACUAUAUCAUGUAUGUGUUUUUUUCAUUACUGUCAGCAUGGACUGUGUUUCUGAAUCUGCUGGUGAUCAUCUCCAUCUCUCACUUCAAGAAGCUUCACACUCCAACCAACCUGAUCAUUCUCUCUCUGGCUGUGGCCGACAUGCUUAUUGGACUUAUUGUGAUGCCCGUAGAGGCCACUAGGCUGAUUGAGACGUGCUGGUACUUUGGAGACGCUUUCUGUGGACUGUUUGUGAUAAUCAUGGGACUGCUUGGCUCAACAUCUCUCAGUAACUUGGUUUUAAUUGCUGUUGAUCGUUAUAUGGCUGUGUGUCACCCUUUACUUUACCCGCAGAAAAUAACAAUGGCUAAAACUUUACUAAGCAUCUGUCUCUGUUGGUUUUUCUCGUCAGUUUACAACACUGCCAUUGGAAUCAGCAACAAGUAUUUUGACAUUUCAAACAGAACAGAUGAGUGUUAUGGUCAAUGUAACUUCACAAUUAGUUUUACUUGCAGGGUCAUUGAUGUGAUAUAUUCUUUUCUGUUGCCUUGCAGUGUGAUGAUCACUGCAUAUUUGAGAAUAUUCUAUGUGGUUAAUCAUCAAGUGAAAGUUAUAAACUCUCUGAUGAAGAGUGGUAAAUGUGUAACAGAAGGAUCUAUGAAGAGGAAAUCUGAGAGUAAAGCUGCUCUGACAUUAGGGAUCAUUGUGACAGUUUAUCUGCUUUGCUAUAUUCCCUUCUAUAUAUUGUCUCUAACAGGUACUGCUGUUAUCUCUUCUGCCGCAAUGACAUUUCUAAUAUGGACUUUGUACAUUAACUCGGGUCUAAAUCCUCUUAUCUAUGCUUUAUUUUACAGCUGGUUUAAAAUAUCAGUUAAACACAUCUUAAGUCUUAAAAUACUAGAGCCAGCAUCCUCUCUCAUGGAUAUUUUUAGAGGUUGA